AUUUUGUGUUAUUAAGUUAGCACUUGACUUAACUUUAGUUGUUACUUAGACUGCUAAAGUGGAAUUUUAAUUUUUUUUACGAGGACAAUUAUGCAUUAUAAAAAGUUUUUUUCAGCAGCCGCUUUAGCAACGUUGCUAAGUUUAUCAAACUCUGCUUUUUCAGAUCCUGUUGGUCCAAUAAGUGAUGAAGAAACUAGCUACUACGUUCGUUUGCAAUACAACGGUGAAAUUUUACCUCUUUUCACAAAAAUUGAAGGUAUUGAAUAUAAAAAGGCCACAGACAUUCAUAAUCCAUUAAAAGCAUCUUUUAUAGCUGGUGGUGGUGCAUUUGGUUACAAAAUGGACGACAUCAGGGUUGAUGUUGAAGGGCUUUAUUCACAGCUAAACAAAAAUGAUGUUACAGGUGCAGCAUUUAACCCAGAUACUGUUGCAGACAGUUUAACAGCAAUUUCAGGGCUAGUUAACGUUUAUUACGAUAUAGCAAUUGAAGAUAUGCCUAUCACUCCAUAUGUUGGUGUUGGUGUUGGUGCAGCGUAUAUUAGCACUCCUUUGAAAGACGCUGUGAAUGAUCAAAAAAGUAAAUUUGGUUUUGCUGGUCAAGUAAAAGCUGGUGUUAGUUAUGAUGUAACUCCAGAAGUCAAACUUUAUGCUGGAGCUCGUUAUUUCGGUUCUUUUGGUGCUCAUUUUGAUAAAGAUACUGCUGCAGCAAGCAAAGACAAGGGGGAACUCAAAGUUCUUUACAGCACUGUUGGUGCAGAAGCUGGAGUAGCGUUUAAUUUUUAGUCUAUCUCAGUCUUGUUAUCCCAGUGGGUUUUUUCUUGUCAUUCAAGUAGCAUGACACUGGGAUCUAGAAAAAAGAAAUGUGGAUUCCAGUGUCAAGGCACUGGAAUAACACUAUUUGCUAUGUGUUUAAGCUAUAACGUUUACCAUUGUACUGGUAGAAUAUCAUCUAAAGUUACAUAAUGUUAUCCAAUUAGCUAACACUGCGGCCUACUGUCUCCAAGAAAUUAGAUGGAAAAUUUGUACUUUUUUCAAAUCAAAGCUUGAAUUUUUGCUGGAAAAUCAAUAUAUUAUAUGCAUGAAGUUUUAAUUUAAGUUGUUAUGUUGACCUCAAUGGCAAACUUAUGUGUCGAUAGCAGAACCAAUCUCAUGCAAUAUAUUGCUAGGGUGCAAAAAUUUCCUAUGCUGUCUCAAGAGGAAGAGGUACGAUUAGCAAAAAAUUGGAACCAAUAUAAGGAUGUUUCUUCUGCUCAUAAAUUGAUUACCAGCCAUUUGAAUUUGGUAGUGAAAAUUGCAAUGAAAUUCAAAAAUUAUGGACUAUUGUUGAUGGACCUGGUCAUGGAAGGAAAUAUGGGUUUAAUGCAUGCAGUGAAAAAGUUUAAUCCUGAUUUAGGGUUUCGUUUUUCAACUUAUGCGGUGUGGUGGAUUGAAGCUUCAAUAAAAGACUUUAUAUUGAAAUCUUGGUCGUUUGUGAAAAUAGGCACAACGCAAGCACAAAGAAGAUUGUUUUUUAGUUUACGUAAAAUAAAAAAAAGAAUUUUACAGUAUACAAACAGGGAAACCUUAAAUAAUGAAGAAAUAAAAGCAAUAUCUAAUGAGCUUUCUGUAUCCGAAGGAGACGUUCUGCAGAUGAAUUACCGUAUGGCUUGUAAGGAUCAGUCGCUAAACGAUUGCAUAAAAAUAGGUGAUGACUCUAAAAGGGAGCUACAAGAUAUGAUCCCAUGUAACUUGGUUAGUCAAGAAGUAACCUAUCAGAAUCAUGAAGAAAAAGAAUUAAAAGAAGCAAUUUUAAACAAUGCACUAGCGAGCCUCAACGAAAGGGCAAGAGACAUUUUUAUCAGUAGAUAUUUGUCUGAAAACAUUCAAACUCUGGAUGAACUUAGUAAAAAAUAUUGUGUUUCAAGAGAAAGAAUAAGGCAGUUGGCUGAGCAGGCGAUGGCUAAGGCGCUUUUGCAUCGGUUAGUGAUGUACAAUUGAAGGAAAAAUAUAAAGAUUGGCUCGUGUAUACUGCAUUGGAAGAUGGAGAGAAAGUAUGUUAUAUUGUAUCCUAUCCUAAAAAAAAAAGCGAAUAUUAUACAACCAAUCGCAAGCCGUAUGUAAUGGUUAGUUAUGUUGAUAAAAAAGCAGAUGAGGUAAGCGUUACCUCUGGUUUUCAGUAUGAUAAGGAGCCUGUAGCUCUCAAUAUCGACAAAAAAAUUAAAUAUACACUGCCCAUAAUACAGGGAAGUUUUGCGUGGGCAGAGCAUACAAAAAUAGAUCAAGAUCUCAUUCUAAAAAUGAAGCAGGGAUUAUCAAUGGUAGUUAAUGGAAAAACAAAAACAGUGACCAUUGAUGAUACUUAUUCCCUACUUGGUUUUCAAAAAGCGUAUCAAAAAAUGCAUGAUUUAUGCCAUACAAAGUAAAUUAUUGUAACAGAAUACCCAGCUAUAGUAUAAACUAGACUACUCUUUCAAUGGAAAUAUAAAUAGCACUUUACUUUAUAUGGGAUGUGGAUAUCAUUUAAAAUAUAUUUUUGAGAGUUAGCAAUGUCAGAGGUUGCAGGUGUAGAUACAGAAAUCAAAAAGCAAAAUUCUGUGUGCGAGCAGAUGCGUUUUAGCGUGAGCCGCACAAGUCUUUUAAAUACAUUAUCCAGAGUAAGUGGAGUGGUUGAAAGGCGUAAUUCAAUAGAUGUUUUGGCGUGUAUAAAUAUCAAAGCACAACACGGCAGCAUAAAAUUAAUGGCAACUGAUCUUGACAUUUCAAUGUUUGCCUCACUUGCUGCAACCGUAUUAACAGAAGGAGAAGUAAAAAUUUCAGCGCAUACUUUACAUGACAUAGUGAAGAAGUUACCCGCUGAUUUGGAUGUCAAUUUUGAAGUAAACAACCAAGGAAAAUUAUUGAUGUCUUGCGGAAAUGCAAACUUUUCUUUACCGAAUGUAGUUUCAAGCAGCUUUCCUGCUCUUGAAGAAGACAAUUAUAAACAUGAUUUUAUUCUACUAAAUACGGACCUGAUAGACUUAUUAACUAAAACAAAAUUUGCUGUAUCACUAGAUGAUACAAGGUAUAAUUUAAAUGGAAUAUAUCUACAUACAGAUGAGCAGUUUCUGUACUGCGUUGCAACUGAUGGCCAUCGUUUAUCAUGUAUAAAGAGGCCAAAGCCUGGGAACAUCAAUGGCGAAUUUGGUGUGAUCAUUCCACGUAAAACUGUUAUGGAGCUGUUAAAAAUAUUGGACGAUUGUAAUGAAAUUAAAGUAAAACUCUCAGACAGAAAAAUCAAGCUUACAUGCGGUGAAUAUAUUCUAAUAUCAAAAUUAAUAGAUGGGACUUUUCCAAAUUAUAAAGCAGUUAUUCCAGCAUCUCAAGAUAAGCAUAUGAUUAUUGAAAGUAAAAAACUUUCAGAUGUUAUAGAUCGAGUUUCCGUUGUUGUAUCUGAUAAAGUAAAAUCUAUUAAAUUCUCACUACAAGAAAAGCUGCUAACUCUGCAUUCAAACUCCCAAGAGUGCAGUGAUGCAACUGAAUCCAUAGAAGUGGACUACAAUGAAGCCCCUAUAGAAAUAGGGUUCAACUCGCGUUAUUUGCUUGAUGUUCUAUCUUGCAUAAAAAAUAAAUGUAAGUUUAGCUUAGCCGAUGGUAAUAGUGCUACAAUUAUCACUGAUGAAGAUGAUUCAAGUGUAUUAUAUGUAGUGAUGCCAAUGAGAACUUAAACUCGUCAUCUCGCUGCUUGUUAGCGAGAUCUGGAGAUACUGCGGCGGUAUGACACUUAUUUCACUAAGAACGUUACUUUUUAUUAAAUUAGUAAUCUAUCUUUACCAAAUACAAGCCAAAAGGCGGCGCGGUAACCCCAGCAGCACUUCUUUUGCAUUGGCUUAAUAUAUGUAGCAUUUCUUGCGGAUUGGUUCUAUUUUUUCCAAAUUCAACUAAAGUACCCGCAAUAAUCCUCACUUGGUUAUGUAAAAAGGAAAUAGCAGAUAUUUUGAUGUGUAUAUGAUUCCCGUUUUGUACUAUAUCGAUAUCAUCAAUUGUUCUUAUCGGAUUUGCGGCGUGACAAUCUUUUGAACGAAAACUUGAAAGGUCAUGUUUUCCAAGUAGAUGUUUAGCAGCUUCACGCAUAAUAUUUACAUCAAGUGGGCUAAACACUUGCCAUACAUAACCCGUCUCCAGAGCGGCAGGAGCAUAGCGAUUAACUAUUCUGUAUUCGUAAUAUCUUUUUUUUGCUGAAAACCGUGCGUGAAACGCAUCAUCUACAACUUCUGCAUUAAGCACA